AUGUCGAGCAGCAAGGACUCCAAUACCAACGUCCAAAGACGAGUCAAGCACUCAGAAGAUGAUUCACUUCCACGAGAGAAGCUACCUGAGAGUCUUCAGAAGAUCGUAGACAAUGAAGAGUCGUUGAUGGAACAGAUCUAUGAUGGCACAGCAAACCAGUCUACAGAUUCCAACCUUCGAUACGCAGCAUAUGCCAGUCGAUUCCGUACAAUACUACUCAGCGCGCAACGUUAUGUAGCCUAUACCUCAGACAUAGGAGAAUCCUUCCGUCCAAUCGCUCAUCCAUGGCUCAUCAGAGGAGCAUAUGGUAUUUCCUGGGCAUAUCUGGUAGGAGACGUAGGGCACGAAGGCUAUAAGGCCUAUUUGAGGAAUCAACGCCUGAAGCAUCCAGGCGUACUAGGAGUUAUGUCUAUGAGAUCGGCAGAUGCGAGAGAGCCGUUGACAACAGAGGAUGGGAGCCCAGAGGUCGGACAUGUUCCGGCUAUCGAGGACUUCAGGAGCGUUAUGGUGCAACGAGCCGUUUUCCAGAGCAUAGCGUCAAUGGGACUGCCAGCUUUCACGAUUCACAGUAUUGUAAGGUAUUCUGGAAAGGCGCUGAAGAAUGCAAAGAACGCAAGUAUAAGAACCUAUGGACCUAUUGGACUCGGUCUGGCUGCUGUACCUUUCUUGCCAUUCAUGUUUGAUAAGCCAAUAGAGGAAGCUAUCGAAUGGACGUUCCAUAAAGCUUUCGAGACCUUUGGUGGACCGGAUGCAGUAUCCCACAGGCCAGAAAUAGGUCGAGUGACUGAAAUGCUGGAAGAAAGCAAAAGGGAAGCGAGCAAGGAGAAAGAGCUGUAG